UACCUGAGAGUAUCGAGGGUGUCAAAAAGCCGACGGUAACCAUGAAGAUCCUUUUUUUACUCACCGUGUGCUUGUCAAGCACCGGGGCUUUCCAGUUUAUGAAAAACUGGAAGAUGCCGGUUCAUGAUCCUUAUGAAGAAGCGGUCAAGGACAAGUUUGGGGACAAAAAGCUGGCUAUUCUCACCGGUGCCUCAUCGGGACUUGGUCGUAAGACCGCCAUGGCUCUCCUUCGUACUGGCGAAUACCACGUAAUCGGUGCAGUCCGAGAUCUGGACAAAAUGGAAGCGGUGGCGGAAGUUGAUGGGUUUGAUUUGGAAAACUUCACUCCCAUGUACUGUGAGUUAAAUUCAUUCGAAUCUGUUCGCAGCUUUUGCGAAAACGUAGAAGAAUUUCGCAUGAGCAAGCCUAUCGACCGUCUAAUCUGCAAUGCCGGGGUCUACCAACCUUCCCUUGAGCACGCCAAGUGGAGUCUCGACAAUCACGAACAGACCAUGCAAAUUAACUUUUUGUCGCACUUUUUAAUGAUAAGCACCAUGAUGAAGUCAAUGAUGGAAUCUCCCGAUCCUCGAGUCAUUAUGGUUGGCAGUGUCACGGGAAAUGACAACACCGUUGGUGGUGGUGGCGUGUACCCUAUUGCCGAUCUGCACGAACUCGAAGGCCUGAAGCAAGGUUUCAAGAAUCCUAUCGAAAUGGCUGACGGCUAUGGCUUUAUUGGUGCGAAGGCGUACAAAGAUAGCAAGCUCUGCCUAAUGAUGAUGGCCAAUUUUCUCCACACCAAAUACAACAAAUUGACCGGUAUUUCAUUUGCCUCGAUGUACCCUGGUUGCAUUGCCGAAUCACCACUAUUCCGUGAAAAGCGCCCGUGGUUCCGUAAAUACUUUCCCAUCUUUAUGAAGUUUAUUACGGGAGGAUACGUUGGAGAGCACGAAGCCGGGCAACGUCUCUUUCAGGUAGCCCAUGAUCCCCGAUGCUCCAAGUCGGGCGUUUACUGGUCGUGGAAUGGUGGACCUCGUGAAGGACGUGGGGUAGAAGCAAUCGAAAAAGGAGGUCAGAUUUCCGGCGGUGGUGGUGCCGGAGGUGGCUGGGAUUCUAUUUUUGAAAACGACCAGUCCGGGAAAGUUCUGGACGUUGAGACUGCCUUAAAUCUUUUCAAGUACUCAACGGACAUCACCGGGGCGGAAUGGCCUGACCUGAAGGCUAUCACGAGUCCAUGUCCUACACUCAAUGUGAUUAGCGCUGUCACGAAAGGAAUGGUUCAACGUGAGGAACUCAAGCGAAUGCGGGAGCUUGGACGUCCAGGAAUUGUUCUUGAAAGGCCCAAGAUUUCAAAGCGGAAAAAGGCUGUCAUGGUCGCCGACCGUGUUGUUGGGGGUGUUUUGUCGAACACGGUUGGCCGUGUAGCCCGUUUCGCGGGACGGCGUGUUCUAGGUGAAAUUCCCGAAGAAGCCAAAACAGGAUCCUUUCAGAUCACUGAAAGCGCAUCGGCUAAUCUGGAAGCUUUAGAGAAAGACCAGCAGCUUCUUGAAGAAGAAUUGGAAGGUAAAUUUUCUGUAGAGAAGAAUUCCGUUCCGGUACUCGACUCGGAAGACGAAGCUCUGUUCAAGGAGAUUUUUGAGGACGAGCGUUCUGAGAAGCCAUCUGUUGGUGAAAUCAAGAAGUUGAGCAGCAAGUUUGAAUAAAUAGUUCCUUGUCACACAGCCACAGCCCGCCGUGAGAGCCAAUCCUCGUUCACCGUACUACACUUUGUAAAAUUAGACUACCUUCACAAGGACU